UGGGAGCGGAUUGGCACCCCCAGCGUUCUAAUCUUGUUGCUGGGUUCCAGUUUCCUAUUCAUCCCAUGGUUUCUAUUAGGACUGAUAUGGAGAGAAUCAAUGACGGCGAUAUCAGGAGGCGUGCCAAAUAAUUUUUGGAUCCGGAUAGUGCACGCAAAUUGGACCUCGAGGCUCGUCACAGUUUGCACAGCAGUUACAAGGUCAAUAGUGACUCUCCAGGCUAGUCUGAUUACUGCGAUGGUUAGUAGUAUUAUACUGGAGAGGAUUGGGACACCAUUAUUCUAUGCGCCAUUCUACUCGAUUAUUAGGGCUGUUAGUGUCAGUCCGACCAGUCUUUUGCUUACAAAGGGCAUACUAGCGCAGCCGAAGCGGUCUUUCUCGCUUUUGAUUUCGACGCUUGUCGUUGUUGAGGUCUUGGUGGCUGUCGCUUCCCAGUUUCUCUCUACGAUUCUUAUCUCGGACUUUAUGGACAGCAAUUUUCUUAACAGCAAUAAUUUGACUGAAGUUGACAUCUUCAGUUCCCUUGGCUUUGUAGAGGCUGCUUGGUGGAGAAUUCCUCCACCAUCAAGUUGGACAUUUGGCGAGCUCGCCGAGUCUUUCUCGCAGGGACCUAACUUCCAUGAUACAGGGCAUACCUAUCGAGCUUUUAUUCCCUUCAAAGAUGAGGCACAGCGAACAAGUCUCCGAAGAUUCCAAGGGCCAGCGGAGGUUAUGGAUCAGCGAGUGGUCUGCGUUUCCCCAUCAUUCAUUGAUUUGCGUCUAAAUUCGACAUUCCCUCCGCGUCUGUUUGGGCAGAUGACCCUGGAAAAUGAAUCAUAUCCAAUGCUGCAAAAUAUCGAGACACAAAGGCCCAUCAAGUUCACCUGCGCCCUGCCAUACCCGCCUGAAAACACGACAUACGGCAUGUCAAGUCUUUGCUAUCCUCGUCUGGCACAGAGUUUCACCAUCCAACUCGAGGACCCUUUGGUCAACAUAAACCCCGACGACAGGAUAGCUAACCAGACCGGAUUAGCCUCCAACAACCCCCUGGCCUCAUCCAUGCUCAUUGUCCUGGACAUCCUUGACGGAAAAGCAAUGAUGGCACGGAACCUCGAAAACAUCACAACGCCAUACAAAGUGACUACUAUUCACAAAGACGGCCCUUGGUCAAUAAUCAUGAACGACUCAAACACCGCAGUCCUCCGCGUCUCCUCAUGCUUCACCAACCUCGUUUCCAAGACAUUCACCGUUGACAUGGCUAGUUCGUGGCAAAACUCUGAGCCUCACCUAUCUUGGGACCGCAAUAGCAAUAGUUUCGAUACUGAGUCAGUCCGACGGCAGCUUGGUGCAUCCUUAACACCGGAUAGCCUGAAUAAUCGCGGUGUACUUGCACUUAAUCCCAAGUCGGAGUGGGAAGACUUUGACAUGGGAAUUGAUGCCAUCGAAAACGACUUCAACGCCUUCGACACUUAUUUCCACUUCACAACUACAUUCCUCGGCCUCCUCCCACCAGCACAGCAAGCUGUUGCGUCGCCGGACUUUCCACCCGCGAACCUGGGCAUUCUCCUCUCGGAAACAAACACAGCGGACACUAGCACGGCAGACCGAACUCAUACCGACAUAUUCAAAGAUGUUCUAUACGAUACAAACAGUCCCGCUCUCGCCCUUCAAGCACUAAUAACACGAGGAACCCAAACAGCAUACUACGAACACCUGAUGCGGGAGGACCCCACAGCGUCGGCAUUAACCUCGUUUUCGUCCACCGCUUUGAUUCCAGUCCGGUGGGACGGGUUUGUUAUCGGUGUAUCGAUCAUCGUGGCGCAUUCUAUUAUACUUGCGUUUAUUACGGUGCUGUUUGUGAUUAAUACUAGGAAUUCGAUGAUUGGGAAUAGCUGGCAGUCUGUCGCGCAGGUUGUGUCGGAGGAUGUGCUUCCGCUUUUGGAUCAAGCGUGUAAGGAGAAGGAUGGGGAGGUAAAGAAA